GGGGCGGAGCCGGCGGCGGGGACGCGGUGCUGGUCAGGUGCUCCGCGCUGAGGUUGCGUGCGGGUGAGCGGCGGCGGGUUCAAGGGGUCCCCCAGGUCCCCGCCACCGUCCCCGCUAUUGCCCCGGGUCUGAGGAAGGGAGCCCCCUGCAGAUCCUGCCUCGCGUUCCCCCAAGCCGAUGCGGACGGACCGGAUCGUUGCGAAGAUUAUCUUAUGCUGAACUGACCAAGCACUUUGAAAAUGACUUCAAAACUCCUCUGCGCAGCCUUCAUACUUGCUGCAUUAACACUUUCAAUUACAUUUUCUCUCCAACCAGAUCAGCAAAAGGUUCUACUAGUUUCAUUUGAUGGAUUCCGUUGGGAUUACUUAUAUAGAGUUCCAACGCCUCAUUUUCAUUAUGUUAUGAAAUACGGUGUUCAUGUGAAGCAAGUUACUAAUAUUUUUAUUACGAAGACCUACCCUAACCAUUAUACCUUGGUAACUGGCCUCUUUGCAGAGAAUCAUGGGAUUGUUGCAAAUGACAUGUUUGAUCCUAUUCUGAACAAAUCUUUCUCCUUGGAUAACAUGAAUAUUUAUGAUUCUGAGUUUUGGGAAGAAGCAACACCAAUAUGGAUCACAAAUCAGAAGGCUGGACAUACCAGUGGUGCAGCCAUGUGGCCCGGCACGGAUGUGAAAAUCCAUGAGAGCUUUCCUACUCACUACAUGCUUUACAAUGAGUCCGUUUCAUUUGAAGAGAGAGUGGCCAAAAUUAUUGAAUGGUUUACAUCAAAAGAGCCCAUCAAUCUUGGUCUUCUCUAUUGGGAAGACCCCGAUGACAUGGGCCACCAUUUGGGACCUGACAGUCCACUCAUGGGGCCUGUCAUUUCAGAUAUUGACAACAAGUUAGGAUAUCUUAUACAAAUGCUGAAAAAGGCAAACUUGUGGAACACUCUGAACCUAAUUAUCACAAGUGAUCACGGAAUGACCCAGUGUUCUGAGGAGAGGGUGAUAGAACUCGACCAGUAUUUGGAUAAAGAGCACUACCUGCUGAUUGACCAAUCUCCAGUAGCAGCCAUCCUGCCCAAAGAAGGUAGAUUUGAUGAAGUCUAUGAAGCACUAGCUCAUGCUCAUCCUAAUAUGACUGUUUACAAAAAAGAAGAGAUUCCGGAAAGAUGGCAUUACAAAUACAACACCCGGGUCCAACCAAUUAUAGCAGUGGCUGACGAAGGGUGGUACAUUUUACAGAAUAAGUCAGAAGGCCUUAUGUUAGGCAACCACGGUUAUGACAAUGCGUUAGCAGAAAUGCAUCCAGUAUUUUUAGCCCACGGUCCUGCCUUCAGAAAGAAUUUCACAAAAGAAGCUAUGAACGCCACAGAUCUGUACCCGCUGCUCUGCCACCUCCUCGGAAUCCCCGCCCUGCCACACAACGGGUCUCUCGGCAGCGUCCAGGAUCUGCUCAGGCCAACAGCUCCGAGGACAGUGACUCACACACAGAGCCCUCCACCCCACCAGGGUAGUGGCAAGCCAGGAGAACACGAGCAAGAGUCGAACGCUUAUUUCAUAGGGGUCUCUCUCGGUAGCAUUAUAGUUAUUGUAUUUUUUAUCACUUUCUUUAAACAUUUAAUUCGCAGUCAAAUACCUGCCUUACCAGAUAUGCAGGCUGAAAUAGCUCAACCAUUAUUACAAGCCUAAUGCUACUUACAAGUGGAGAUUGAGCAAUUAUGUCAGUGUUUAAAGGUUUCAUAUUGUAGAAAACCACCUGGAGACAUUUGCACAGACCCGAAAGCAGUGAUAUACAUAUUCAGGCACAGUCUUUCUCACACAUGCGCACACAGAGAUGGACCAAAAUACACAUACCUGCAAAGGAUUCCAAAUGUGGAAGUAUGUUUCCAUUGUUCUGUCUGGCGUAGGCAGAGAGAAGAUCCUGCUCUAUUUGGACUUGGCACAUACAAUGUAUAUAUUUAGCAACUUUGCACUAUUUCAAGUACCUUAUAUGUUGCACUUUAAGUUUCAGUCCUAAUGGGUACUUUUAUGUGAAAUGCACUUUCUUGACAAUUGCGUCUUAUAACUUGGUUGCAAAAGACAACUUUUUACCCCAUGUCACAGAAUACUUGUCAUUCAAACUGAAUGAAGUUUCAGAUCAUUCCCCAAUAAUGUGAAAAAUGUACUUAAGUUUUAGUUUGCUGGAGAGCAAGAAGAAAUUGAAAACUGUUGAAAAUUCAAUGGGAUCACCUUUGUGUAUUGAAUUUUGGAGAGACUGCAUUCCUAACAUGAGGAUGUAUCUGGGCAUUCAUUGUCCUAUUUCUUUCCAAAGGACUUAGGUUUUCAUUUUAUCCCCCCCCCCCCCCCCAAAAAAAAAAAUUCAAUUAACUGGCAGAUUCAUACUAAACAUAUUAUUUCUAUCAUAAAAUCCAUUGUUGCUAUUUCCUGAUUGGUCAUUUUACUCUGAUGUUUUAUAACACUGUGAAUAUCCAUUCCUUUCCCUUUGGUCUGGCACUGGCCCAAGUAUUAGAGAUGGGCGUCAGCUCAGCAAUGUUUUCCCGUGUUCUCUAAUUAUUUGCUUGUUUGAAAACUAAAUCAUUAAUUACAUUAUAAUCAAAUUAGAUAAAACAAUGUUUGUUUUAUUCCUGGUAACCCAUAGUAAAAGAGCACAAGCAUCUUUUAGAUGUGAAUAUUUGAAGAUGCAGAAUUAGCCUAAACUCUACUAGGUAAAAUGUACAGGCACUAGAAAAUAUUGUGAUUUCAUGUAUAAAUAUACACCAACUGGCUAAAUAGGAAAAAUGGGAAAUGUAUUUCAGAAAGAAAGGAUAAGUUAGGUGUAGAGAACAAAAGUGGCAGAGUUAAAAAUACAAUUGAAUUUAAGUGCUUCCUAAAUUGCGGUGGGAGAAUUAUUUCUUAAUGUCAAUAAAAAAUGUUAGCACCUAAUUCACAUUUCAUUAUAGAACCUCUUAAUAGUAUAAAAUGGAAUCACUGGAAAUGUACCAUAGAUUUAAAAGCUGAGAAGUUAAAUGGUAGGUAACAAACUCAAGAAGUCUAAACUCCAGAUUAGAGAUCUUAGAAAUGAGACGGGUCACGCUGGCUUGCUUUGUAGCUAUGAACUUGCCUGCAUUACCGAGAUGCCAAUAUUAACAACUGAAAGAAAUUUGUCUGUUUAAAAGCAUUACUACUCAAGUGCUAUCUGUACAUUGAAUCGGUACCAUUAAAUUCACUUUAGAAAGUGCUAUUAACCUUAUUAGUAAGAAGAAAGUAAAUUCUGUAACUUUGAUGAAAUUAUUAAAAUUCUGAUGGAAGAUUUGA